AUGUUACAUUUUGUUUAUCUUCUUCUUUUGGUCGCCAUCACGCUUGCUGACGAUGUUACCCGUAUCCGGCAGCGAUUUCAAGGCUUUUUCGAUGGAGACAAGAUCUUGGUGAAGCUGAGGUUUUUCACGGAUUCACCGGCUGACGUUAUUAUCUUCCAAGAUUCUGGGUAUAACCUUGAGGAUCGUUCUUCUCGUUUGCGAGUUCAUGUUAGUCGCAAUUUCUAUCGGGUUUACGAUUUCCAGAGUAGGUCAACAAAUUUUCACAACGAAAAUUUCAAUGUCAACUUGCAGAUGAAACAGAACUAAACGUGAAGCACACACAGGUAAUCGACACCGACGUCGCUCUGACACUUGCAAAUGGUACGGUUUCAGUGAAAAUAAACGAUGAGAACGUCGUUCAACUUCCAACCGGCAUUUUUAAGGAUGGUAAGUUCAGUCUAACCUCUGUACACCGAAUUACCAAAAAAACAUGUUAUGGAAAUUUUUCGUUGUACUGAGGUCUAUCUUGACAUACCUCUGCACGUCAAUCCAAAAUAGAAGAAAAAAUUUCCCGCCCUUUUUGGCGAUUCGUUCAAAACGAAAUGUCACUAUCCGAUAAAAGCAUUUUCUUAUCUUUUCUUUAGCAUUUUCUUAUCAAUUUUUCUUACCUUUCCUGGGGGGCUGAACUACCAAAGCCCCCUAGUGGCCAGUCCUAAACGUAUAUCUGUCCAUUUUUUGGCGAGUUUGCACAAAAAAAUAGGAAAAUCGACUUACAUUAUCCAUGGUACAACAAACAUCACAAAUUGCAAAAUUUCGUGCUUUAUCCGAGCAGAAAACGGGAAAUCUAGACAUCAAAUCGAACGGGGCGGCCUGCUUUUGACAAAAAUUCCCUUUUUGGACAAAUUCCAUCUUGUCUUCAUUCAUAUUACCACCUUUAUAUCAGUCUACAUGUUAUCACAUCACCUUUACAUACAGUGGCGGUCAAAAAAAAACGGCCACCCCAAGAUGAUGCGCUCUAACGCAGAAGAGAGUAGUCGUAGGAAGAUAAAUAUGGUAUCAUUGUAAAGCUUAUGGAAUACUAAGACGUGUGACUAUACGCUUGUGGUACUGUAGUGCUGGCCUAGCACGUACUGGGGCAAUAUGUUCUUUUGGCCUGGUCAAAAAAAAUGGCCACCCAUAAUUAUUUUGCUUUAAACGCGGUGUAUGUUAGAAAUUGCCGCCAUAUGGGACUGGACUAGGAUAGCUAUAUCAAUACACACCAAUUCCAGUAUUUUUUACUUUGUACAUAUGCUCUCAGGCAUCAAUCAGGGUUGAUGACCUUGUUCAUGGUUAAGGCCCGGCUAAAUUUUUUUUUGGGUUUGUGCCGUUGUUUUGAUAAUCCAAAGCAAUACUGUAGACGGUAUUGAUCGUAUUCGUGUGUAAGACUGCCCACUUUUGCCAACAUUGCGCCUCUUUUGAUAAGAAAACUCAAAAAAUGAAAUAUUUUGACCUAAUUUUCUCCAAAAAUCCGUUUUGAAGGCCGCUAAACAAUGAAUGUAGAACCUUAAACAGGUUUUAUUUGUACAAGAACAUCAUGGACAUUUGUUUUAACACGGCACCGAUUAAAGCAAACGACCGCCCGAAACGACAGAUACCGUUUUGUUACAGUUUUCGACUUCAGGAAAUAGUCAUGAACUUUGUCAAGGUCUGCAACCCGAAUUUUCGCUUUAGGGGCUCAUAUUUAUCUUUAAAUGAUUAAGUGGUAUCUCAACUACGCCACAAAUGCGAUACUAUAUUCUAAUUUCUAUUCAACGAGGUUUCGGAACCGGACAAAAUUCAUGAUUACUUCAUGAAGUCGAAAACUGUAACAAAACGGUAUCUGUCGUUUCGGGCGGUCGUUUGCUUUAAUCGGUGCCGUGUUAAAACAAAUGUCCAUGAUGUUCUUGUACAAAUAAAACCUGUUUAAGGUUCUACAUUCAUGGUUUAGCGGCCUCCAAAACGGAUUUUUGGAGAAAAUUAGGUCAAAAAAUUCCAUUUUUUGAGUUUUCUUAUCAAAAGAGGCGCAAUUUUGGCAAAAGUGGGCAGUCUUACACACGAAUACGAUCAAUACCGUCUACAGUAUUGCUUCGGAUUAUCAAAACAACGGCAGAAACCCAAAAAAAAUUUUGGCCGGGCCUUAACCAUGAACAAGGUCAUCAACCCUGAUUGAUGCCUGAGGGCAUAUGUACAAAGUAAAAAAUACUGGAAUUGGUGUGUAUUGAUAUAGCUAUCCUAGUCCAGUCCCAUAUGGCGGCAAUUUCUAACAUACACCGCGUUUAAAGCAAAAUAAUUAUGGGUGGCCAUUUUUUUUGACCAGGCCAAAAGAACAUAUUGCCCCAGUACGUGCUAGGCCAGCACUACAGUACCACAAGCGUAUAGUCACACGUCUUAGUAUUCCAUAAGCUUUACAAUGAUACCAUAUUUAUCUUCCUACGACUACUCUCUUCUGCGUUAGAGCGCAUCAUCUUGGGGUGGCCGUUUUUUUUGAGCGCCACUGUAGUCACAUGAUAGCACUUUCUAGAAAUUUCCACAACUUUCAUUACUUUUCCCGAAAAUUAUGUGGAAUAUUUUUUUACCAAUCAAUCUUUAGGGUUGUAUCAUGGUGCUCUCGCGGUCAACUACAAUGACGCGACGACAUCUUUACUGUCGGUUGAUAUCGAUGAGAGCAACCGGAACUCCUCUUAUAUCCCGAUCCCACUUCACUUCACAGAAGGUAUGAAUUUAUCUCAAGCCUGCUUUCCGCUGUAACUUGAUCAUAACUGACGGUUUCAGGUCAAUGUCUGAUCGUCAACUUCAACAGCCUUCACUUUUUCUUUGCCUUGUUGGAUCGCUUUGAUCAAAUCCCUCUGUGGGUGAAUACCCAGGUUACUUCACCGGUCCUUGUUCGCCGCAUGGUUACUGAGUCAACAAACUAUAACAUAAGCUACGAAAGCGACAACAACUGCAAUCGUUUUCUUCUUGAAUACCAAAAGGAGGGUACCGUCGUAUCUGCUUGCGAUAGGAACGACACAAUCCCGCAUCCGGAACAAGGUCCUCCUGAUUACUAUCGCCUGUCUAUUCCUCAGUAUUUUAUGUCUGCGUUUGUCGGAUACUCCGUGUCCAAUGGAUCGUGCUUCACCACUCCAUCAUCGACUUCAUCGCCAUCAUCGACUUCAUCGCCAUAUUCGACUUCAUCGGCUUCAUCGACUAUAUCAUCGUAA